UUUGGAGGCAAAAAGGUGAUAAUUUAAUAAAAAUAAACCUUUAUCAUCUGUCUAGCACAGUAUUUUCAGCAGCAUGAAGACCAAUCUGUGAGAGGACCACAAAUGAACAUUACAUGCACUUAGGGUUAGUUAAUUUUAUUAUUAACAAAAUUCCCAAAAACACGAAAUGAAAGACUCCUCACUGCUACAGAAAACACUUGUGAGCUGUGAUUUGCCAAGGCCGUUGUUAUUUUGCAAGGAUCAUGCAGUAUGCCCAAACGUAGGCUUGGUUUGACACUUUCUUUUUUUCAUAUUUAGACUGUAGAAGAAAACCGUUUCUAAUUUAAGAUAAUAAAGAAACUAGGCUCGUUAAAAAUGUGCCUUCUGAAAAUCAGACAUUUUGACCUUUGCAUGUACAGCUGUUGGUAAAUGACAAUGAUCCAAACAUUCUUUAAGUUUUGAACAAUUUAAUCUGUCUCAUUUUAGACUUUCACUUGGGUGUGUGUGACUUGUACUAUUCUAUAUCAGAUUGGUCAGCAUAUUCACAUCCUGUGCAGGUCUGGUUAAAGACUAUUUCUUUACCCAACAGAUUUCAAGAGAAGUUUCAGUUCCCUUUUUUCAUUACCAAUGAACAGCUUUUUUAACUGGAUUUUUUUUUUCAUGAAUUUACUGAUGGUGUAAGCAUACUUACACACACUCACACAUACUUCAUCUCAACUAAACUGGGAUAAUGGAGAGUGAAGGACGGCAGAAGUGUAACUUUGAUGGUGGAUUUGAUAAACUGGUUGGUCAAGAGGAUUUUCAAGAUGAACGUCCCGCUGAUCAACAAUCAAACCUAAGCUGGCAACAGCUUAAAGUGUCCAUAUUCAAUAUGAGUUCGGAGAGACGUCCCAGACUGGCAGCACUGGCCCUGGCACUUCUAGCUGCUCUUCUUUUAAUAGUUGACAUCAGCCUGGGAGCUCACUACAACAACCUCAAAGAUACCCACCUCACACUGGAUGAUGUAGAACUAAUCAGGGAAGACCUGGCCAAACUCAAGGAGGAUUACAAAACUGCUGUGGGAGUCAUGAAAGAUGCCCAGAAACAGACUGACAACGAGCUGAAUCAACAGGCAGAAACCAACUGGGAGUUUGAGCAUCAAACAAAAAGAACCAAAGACUAUGAAGCAGAGAUAGAAAAAACUACACAGGACAUUGGAAAACUGAGAUUACGCCUGCCACUGAUUAGUGAUGGAUGCAAACACUGUCCUGAAGGGUGGAUCCUCAUGAACUUCAUGUGUUAUUACUUCUCUUUUGUGGGCAAAAAGGAAAAGAGAACAUGGGAAAAAGCCAGAGUGUUCUGCCAAACGUACGGAGGAGAUCUUCUAAUCAUAGACAGCAAAGACACAGAGAAGUCAACUAUAGAUUACUUGAUGGAUCACCAAGAGCCAUCACAGUAUAAUGAAGAAUUCUGGAUAGGACUGAGAGAUUAUGAGGAGGAGGGGACUUGGAAAUGGGUGAAUGGAACACAUCUUGUUGAAGGGUACUGGAAAGAUGGAGAGCCAAAUGACACCCAUAACAAUGAGGAUUGUGCAACAGUGUCUCCCAAGAGAAACUUCUUCAAGGCUUGGAAUGAUGCCAAUUGUAAAUCCACCCAGAAAUGGAUUUGUGGAAAAGCACCAACAAGCUGAGGUUACUUCACUGAGGCAAAGAAUCUAACACAGUACACAUAUCUAUACAAUACAUGCUAGCUACUCUCACACAUGCCUCUGUAAGCACUAAAGACAAAUAAGUGAUUCCAUCAUGUCGGGAUGAUAUUUGAUCUGCUUAUGUAUAGUCUUCAUUUGUAGAUAUGAAAAAGAAAGUGUCUUCUUUCAAUUCUAAAUUUAGGAAUCUGAACAGAGUUAAAAAAAAAAUCAUGUGUAAAAAAAAAAAAUCUCAGAUGAACAUGAUGACUUUAUGCUUCUCUCUAAAAAUAAUAUAGCAGCAUGGAUUAGGUUUGUAAAGUUGUAUUUGAACAAACCACAAUAUUUGUGGAACAAUGUGCUUUGGACAGACCAAACCAAACUGAAGAUGUGUAGUUAUAAUGCCCAGCUCUUCUUUUAAUGAAAACUAAGUAAAGCAUACUAGUGCAAACAUCACAUGCCAACUUUCAAGCACAGUAGUGGAGAGCUGAUUAUUUGGGCUUGUUUUGCAGCCACAGGACCUAAGCUCCUUGCAGCCAGUCAGCCAACCAUGGACUGUUUUAUUUACCAAAACAAUGUAAAGUGAGAUGCGAGGUCAUUUGCCUAUCAGCUAAAGUUUGACUUAAACUGGGUCAUGCAACAGGACAAUGAUCCCAAACAAAGCUGCAAUGCUGGCUACAAUGACCCAGUCAAAGUCAAGACCUUAGUCUGAUUGACAUGCUGCGGUGGCUUAUUAAGAGCCCACAAACAGCAAUGAACUAAAGAAACAUUGUAAAGAAGAGUGGCCCAAAAUGCAAAUAACUGUUAGCAAAAGCAAUCACUUCAGGUUUGUGCCACUAAAGGUGGCUUUAUGAUCUACUGAAUCAGACGGUGUACUUUGGUUUUUGUGCACUUUUUCUGCAUUUUUUUAAGUUAAGAUCUAAUAAAGUGUUUCUGUUCUACAAAGGAUACUUUCUUUUCUUUUUCAUGACUGUGACUUGUCCUCAAAUAAUUGUUACAGUAUUACUAAAGGCUGUUCCAACAAUAUCUGUUUAUAAACCAGAUUAAUCAUGUAAAUUCUUUUUUUUAUAAUCUGUUUAUCUUUCUUUGGAUACAUGGUCAACAAGAUUUUUGCCUCAAAAAACCCUGAACUUAAAUAAAGUUUUAUGACAACAGUG